AUGAGUGAUCUACCUUCUCCUGGCCAUCGUGGACAUGUCUUUUGCUCCGAGCUCAAGCAAAUUUCUCAGAAACACAUAUCUGCUGUCGAGCGCGAAAACAACCGUAAAGCCUGCAACCGUUGGGAGCUAGAGCAAUCAACGAACCUCGGACCUGGCAACCACGUUUCUCCAAAGGCUAAUUGUUCAGGCGACAAUCAUCUUGCGGAUUCACAUGAGCAUUCAACCAGAAAAAGUCACAACCGGCGAGACGAAAAUACCCCCAUUAAACUAUUAAGGCUCCGAUCAAAGGAAGCAGAUACCAGAACCAGGGUGAAUAUUAGCCGACCAAUUGCCGUAACCAGCCCGUCAAUACUCGGUAUACACGGAUUUGCCAGCAGCUACAGUAAUUGGAACCCGCCCUCUGGAGUCCGGGACGUACAUUCUCGAGCUCAUUCGUAUCCUUUCGCCGCUAAGCCUCUUAAAAAACUAGCCAACCGUUCUAGAAGUUCGACAGGCUCUUCUGGCUUCAGUUGCGCAAUCAAAUAUUUCUUCCACGGUGGAAAGAAGUCCAAAGACAAGGAGCAAGAGAACUGCAGUACUCAACAUAACUCGCCACAUAACGAACGAUUUUUAUAUCAUUUCCCGCGUUUAACCAAGCAUUCUUCUAAGGCACAUCUGAACAAGCGAAACCUACGCUCUGCCAGUGAUCCUAUUGAUAGAAGGGCCGGUGGUGUUGUGCAAAGGACAAAUUUCCGACGCGGAGGAAGUGAACCGAUUCAGUGCCAGCCGCUUGUGUUUCCUUCGCAACCUCUACUUCUCUCCCAGUCCUCCACCCCCGCCAACAUCUCGAGUCUACAACGCACUCAAGCGAUACCAGGUUCUAGAAUUAAAAUACCUAAUCUCCAUCGCCUUUCUCUAGCGUCAGCAGACGUUAUACGCGAGUCGCUUUUGCCGGCACCCCUCAAAUUAGACAAACCGUAUCGUGCCCUCAGUGUUCCUAAGGCUCAUUUUAUUCGACCCUCAGUCCUCAUCAUGGAUCCCCCACGCACAUCUCGGCUGCUGGACCCGACGUCCGCCAUCACGGCAAUUACAAAGCACAAAGCAGAGGCCAUAAAGCUCGCACGAGAGCAAGCCACUGCAGUCCAGGAAAUGUGUCGUCGAGCGAGAACGGAAGCCCCGCCGUACGAGUUUGAAGAAUUGAUUGGCAAAGGUUCCUACGGUCGUGUGUACAAGGGCCAUCAGCAUCCUUCCCACAAAGUCGUCGCCAUCAAGGUCAUGGAUAUUGAUUCAUUAGACUAUAAGUCUAUUCGAGAUCUCAAAGACGAAUCAAUAAAAGACUUUAUACAUGAGACCAAAGUCAUGAAACAGGUGAAGGAUGCUGGGGCAAAGAAUAUCAACGAAAUAAUCGAAGCUAUUUCUAUUCACUCACAGUUGUGGCUGGUUUGCGAGUACUGCCCUGGAGGUAGUGUGCGGACUUUGAUGCGAGCCACAGGUGAUCGCCUUGAUGAGAAAUUCGCAAUCCCAGUGGCGCGUGAGCUCGCUGCCGGUUUGCGUGCUAUCCAUGAUGCAGGGAUCAUUCAUCGAGACAUCAAAGCUGCCAAUGUCUUGAUUCACGAAGAGGGCCGAUUGCAAAUCUGCGAUUUUGGUGUUGCAGGGAUUCUUCAGUCGCAGCUGGAUAAACGAUCGACCUGGAUAGGAACGCCUCAUUGGAUGCCGCCUGAAAUGUUCUCUACUCGGGGCCAAACCCAUCAAUAUGGCAGCGAGAUUGAUGUAUGGGCUUAUGGGUGCACAUUAUUUGAAUUUGCAACUGGCAAUCCGCCAAACGCCAACUUACGAGAGCGGAUGCAAAUAGGCCGGCAAUUGAACCGUAAUACCCCUAAACUUGACAAUGAAAAAUACAGCGACGGACUCAAAAGUCUUGUUGCAUUUUCCCUCGAGUCAGAUCCAAUCAGGCGGCCCACAAUGGCAGAUAUUCAGUUGCACCCGUACAUCGCUAAUUCCGAGGAAGCAUAUCCUACGUCAACCCUGCGUGAGCUAGUUCGGAUAUAUUAUCAAUGGUCUCAGCGGGGGGGUCAAAGAGUCUCGUUGUUUCACCCUGGAGGUGCGGCGGCCGCAGAGAUGCCAGGUAAUGCCUCAGACGCAGACGGUGAUUGGAAUUUUAGUACUACGGAUGGAUUUGAAAAGAGAUUUUCUAUCAUUGACCUUGAUCAGAUUGCUGCCUCGCUGGCUGAAAUGGAAGAAGAAAUCAGCGACACAAAGACUCAAUUCAACCAGGAAACUUUCGAUGAACCAGCUCCAACAGCAAUGACGAAACAGGAUCAAGUCAACUUUGAUGAACGUGUGCGUCGAGGCGCUGAGGCGAUGGAAGGACUGUUUAACGAGGAAAAGCCCAGCUAUAGAUAUGAAACCAAAAACGACUUCGUGCCUAUUGAGGAAAAGCAACCGGUGUCGGAUCUGCCGCUUCGCACGGAAACAGACCGAUCUUCUGUCACGUCAACAUUUAUUGAUAUUGACAUCGGAGCGUUUGAUUCAGCACACUAUGCCGCCGGAGCUUCAUCUGCGCAGCCAUUCCAACUAGCCGAUGCAGACACGAUCCGAGCCAACAGAUCCAGCGGCCGCCAGUAUCGUAACUCUAACGGGAGCCGCUCUCGCUCAUCAAGCAGCGAGGUUAGUAGUAACCAUGACUCUGAAGACCUUCCAUACCAACCCCCAAGCGGACCACGCCCUCCCACUAUGGACUGGAAAUUCCCUGUUUUCAUGCAACCCCCCAAGGAGGAGGAAGUGGAGGCGGUCGCUGCAGAACCGGUUCAGGAGCCCGAGCCAACCGCAAGGCGCACAACUAUGGAGUGGACAUUCCCGGUCAUGACCGCGACUAAGGAUAGCCAGGAGGGCGGCGAUGUGGAUACCACUCGCUAUGAUACUCUAAGAGCCCCUGUCGUUGAUCUUCAACCCGCAGCCCCCAUCCGCCCUUCCAGUAUUGGCGAGCCUGGAGAUUCUCAGAUCUCGGGCACUAUUCGUCCAUCCAGUAUCGGUGGGCCUGGAGACUCCCAAUCAUCGGCAUCGACAUCCGCCAAGUCUAGCAUAUCUAUAAGCUCAGACGCAGACUACGACCCGUUCCGGUUUGACCGGCCUCUCGCGUCUCCUGAUAGUAGCUCUUCUCAACAUCAAUCCUUCGCCACACAUAAGUUCCCGGAGCUACUGGAAUCUGCUGAUGAUGCCUCUGAUGAGCAAUCGUCUGUCCUCGAUGGACCUGGCCCAGAUGAAGAGGAUAGCCAUCCUGGUUGGCACAACGCCCCAGAGAUCCCAGAUUCGACGUCACAGUCGGAGCCAUUUCCCACGGCCAUUCCGUCGAAAGAAUUUACCCCGGCCCCUCUUUUUGGCAGAUCAGAUGAAUUUCCAAUGUCAGAACCGCUAACUACAGCUCGACGUAACCCACCUCCCACCGCUCGACCAGGGAUUGAAUCCAUUCAGUUCCCUCAUAUUACGCCCCCGCGACCUGAGGUAAUGAUGGAAGGGGCCGGGGAUGGUGCUGUGACAACCGAGCUUGAUAGACUUCUAGGCGACUUUUUGCAAGCUCUGUCUGCGACCGGGGAGGCGCUAUCCAAGGCCACACUAGAGGCCGAAGUCCCAAAUGACGUGGACCCCAAUGUCGGGAAGCCAGAGUGA